AUGGAUUUCACCACAGUCUCCACCAUCAGGAAGAAUAUGGAUAACUUGGGUAAGAGGGCGGCAGAUAUUGUGUCUACAAUCCAGGCUCCACCUGAUCAAGAGACGGAACCAACAUGUGACUGCCCACCAUCACAAGUGUCCCAAUCUCCUAAACCUAAAGACUAUACGGAUAAGUACGAACUCAAGUGUGCUCGGGCGUCGCUCGGGUUCAUGGCUCGUAGCUUGGACAGGAACUCUUCCGGCUUGGAAGAGAAUAGAAAGUCGAUAAAAGAUUGGAAGCUGAGAAAGAAAUGGUGGGAUUUCAUUGACAGCAAGAAGGGAAGUUGGACUGAGUUCUCGCACCAAGAAGGGGUGCCCAAUGAUCUUGAGCAUAGCCAGAAAAUCAGGGAAAGCACGAGGAAAAAGGACGGUUUGAGGUACCGGAUCGAACUUGACCAUUUGAAUGAGCAAUGUCGUCAGCUUGAACGCAAUAUACCAAGAGACUUCAUCAUUGCUGAGGCGCAUUUCUACCUUCAUCAUGGACCUCAAAAAGCUCUCAAAAAGUCUCACAGACACAGUCUCCCAGCUCUAGGACAUGAAAACAAAGGAAAUAUGAAGGAGGUAUGGUAUCUUACAGACAAGCCAGAGUUCAAAUACGAAACGACGCCGGACUACUAUUCUUGGCUAGCCUACGCUGAUGGUCAGGAGGGCACUAUGCCUGAUUGA